GAGCGGGUGGCCUGCCUGGGCCGGGAGGACACCUGCGCCUGCCGCGAUGGCGCCUUCGUGGAGAUGGAGUCCGGGGACAACCAAGAGCCGCUGACGGAGGAUGACAUCUACUGCCGCUGCCUCUCCAAGACGCUGUGCCACACGGCCACCCCUGUCACCGUUGGCUUCUACGCCCCCUGCGGCCACCGCCUCGACUCCCUGCUGGACAAGGUCACUGGCUUCAUGCGGCAGGAGAUGGCGCAGCGGGAGGAGGCCGAGCUGCGCCGGAGCCAUCAGAAGCCACGUAGCCCUGAGGGCUGGGGGCUGCUGCUGGUGCUCUGGUACCUGGCCUUCUACAAGCCCAUCAUCACCGAGGCCCACCUGAGGAGGAAGAACAUUGAGUUCAUCUUCAUCCGCUUCAGCGCCUGGCAGUACGCUGGCUGUGACAAGCUCUGGGCCGGUUUGGUCACCACCCUCUGCGACAGCAUCCGCCACCAUUUUGGGGCCCUGCCCCUCAGCGUCUACCACGUCAUGGGCACCCGGCCCCGCUUCGCCUCCGGCUUCAGCCAGAAGGAAUGGGUCCUCAAGACGGGCACCUGCCUCAAGCUUUGGGGGAUGCUCUUCGUCCUGAGCGCCGGCCUCAGCAUCCUGUUGGUGGCCCUCUUGGUGCCCGGCAUCAAGGAUCAUCAUGCCUUGAAGGUGGUGGGCAGCGCCGUCACCUCGCUCUCUGGUUCCGGUCUGGCACUGGGAGCUUUCUCCAUCCUGAAGAACCUGCUGAUCAGUGAGAAGCAAAAAAUCGAGCGGUUGACCAACAGCGAGAAGUUCACCAGCCAGCUGGGCUUCAUGAGCAAGGUGCGCAACGAGGUGGAGGUGCUGGUCGACUACUUGUCCUUCAUGGAGAUCUUUGAGCGCCGCCGGCUCCGUGUAGUGCUGGAGAUCACCAGCCUGGACAUCUGCUACCCGGAGAAGGUGGCCGGCGUCCUCAACGCCAUGAACACCUUGCUCUCCGAAGCCAACACGCCCUUCAUCUUCAUCCUGGCUGUGGACCCCAGCGUCAUCGUCCCCUGCCUGGAGCAGACCGGCUGCAUGAAGGGUCUGGCCGACAACGGUUACCUCUACCUCAACCGGACGGUGACGUUGCCCUUCUCCAUCCCCGAGAUGGGCGCCCGCUCCCGCCUGCGAUUCCUGGAAGCCGCCAUCCAGACGCGGGAGGACCUCAUGUACCGCAUCAUCACCGGCAACGUGGAGCGGCGCCGAGCCAAGUGCCGGGGCGCCCCGGCGGUUCCCAGCCGGCGAGAGGCGGACGCCGAAGCCGUGCGCUGCAUCCACGAAGCUUUCCACUGCCUCCACGACAGCGCCGACCCUCUCGCCCGUUACCUCCCCACCAGCGGCGCCCACGUCCGCCGCAUCGUCAACACCAUCCCCGUCACCCUACGGCUCCUCCUGCACCGCGCCGGCACCCCCGGCACCCCCUCACCCCGCGCCGCCGCCGCCUGGGUGGUGCUGGCCGACCAGUGGCCGUGCCGGCUGAGCUGGGCGCUGCAGUGCCUGGAGGAUGCUUGGCAGAGCCGGCCGUCACCGGAUUUCGGCGCCCGAACCCUGUGGAGCAUCUUCCAGGAGACCGUGGGGGAGCUGAGCUCCCUGCGGCAGCCCCUGCACAACGUCCUCAGCCUGGACGGGGACCCCGAGCUCUUCCAGACCUUCCUGGCCUCUGACUUCCCCUUCACCGCCCGCGAUGCCCGCGCCUUCCUCGGUGUCACCGUCAACCUGGACCACUCCAUCCGGCACAAGAUGGGGCUCCUGCGGGCCGUCAACCGCCUGCAGAAGGCCACUGCCACCCCGGUGUCCCGCAGCGUCCAGUGUCCCCACCCCGAGUGACGGGGACACCAGAGUCAGGUCUCCAGGUGACGCCUCUGGACGUCGGGCCCCCAAAAUCGGUUUGGACGUUGGUGAUACCAGGGUGUCCCUGUGGUCAGCGGCCAGAGGAUGCCCAUGACCUCCUGUCCAUCCCCCAACAAAUUCUGGGACCUGUUUGGGGACAGGGACGGAACAGGGAUGGGGACAAUUCCUCUCCCAACCCCGUCCUCCAAGAAGAGACACUGCAGGAGGUGAAAAUGCCACCAGGGAAUGGAGCUGGGAGGACUGGGAGAGACUGGAGGGGACUGGAGGAGACCCAAGAUCACCCAGGGGUUCCAGGGGGAGGGGGGGGUCACUGCCAUCCCUGGGACUGGGUGACUCCAACCCCCCCCAUGCCUAGGACCCCAGCACCCAAGUACCCACUGCCACCCCCACCCCGACACCCUUUGGGGAAUGUCCCCCUGGUCCUGAGGAGGGAGGGGGAUAUGGGGGGGCCCCCAAGAAGCUCCAAAGCAGCCACCGGCCCCACUGCCAGGGUGGCCCCAAAACAGGGACGUCCCCAAGCUGUGUCCCUCCU